CUCGCCAACCCACCAGAUCUGCGUCUGUAUUACGUCGCACCCACCUGCCCCACGCCGGCGGCAUCACCGACACGAAACAGCGGCCAUUUUUAGCUUUGCCAAGAGGAGCUUCUGGCUUAUAGCCCCCACCCCACUCCACUUCUCAGUUUGCACAGCAGAGCAACCGGAGAGAGAGAGAGAGAGAGCAAUGUCGUCCAUCAUCGUGCAGGUGUCCGCCUUCGUCCUUAACCUCAUCGCCUUCGGCCUCGCCGUCGCCGCCGAGCAGCGCCGCAACAAGGCCACGGUGACGCCGGACCUGGCCAAGGAGUACGACUACUACGUCUACGACUCCGACGUCGCCACCGGCUACGGCGUCGGCGCGCUCCUCCUCACCGCCGCGCAGGUCGUCGUCAUGCUCGCCAGUCGAUGCUUCUGUUGCGGACGCGGGCUCAAGCCGGGGGGGGGGGGGGGGGCUCGCGCGCCUGCGCCCUCAUGCUCUUCCUCUUCUCAUGUCAUGCGUUCGGAUUUUCUAAACAGUUCUAAAGUCAGCGCCAAUAAAUGGCUUCACUUCCCUAGUGACCUUAGCUAGCCCAACCUUGAAUAAUUUAGACCUGCCAUAGUCUGACCAUUCUCACCAGUUUGGAACCGGUUUCACUUCUACUAGGAUUGUGAAGCUCGUUGAAGACGAUGGCCACGUGCUGCAGGUGCUCCGCCCACGACGAGCUGUAGAUAAGAAUGUCAUCAAAGAAAACGAGCACAAACCGUCGCAAGUAGGGGCAGAGGACGUCGUUCAUCAAGGCUUGAAAUGUCGUCGGGGCAUUCAAGAGGCCGAAGGGCAUCAACAAGAACUCGAAGUGGCCGUGAUAAGUGCGAAAGGCCGUCUUCGCGACAUCGUCCGGGUGCAUCCGCACCUGGUGGUAGCCCGAAUGGAGGUCGAGCUUGGUGAAGAAGCGAGCCCCGCGUAGCUCGUCCAGGAGUUCAUCAACGACGGGGAUAGGAAAUUUGUCCUUGGACGUCUUGGCGUUGAGAGCACGGUAGUCGAUGCAGAAACGCCACGAGUCGUCGGACUUGCAAACAAGGUGAAGGAAAUAUGCCCUAGAGGCAAUAAUAAAGUUAUUAUUUAUUUCCUUAUAUCAUGAUAAAUGUUUAUUAUUCAUGCUAGAAUUGUAUUAACCGGAAACAUAAUACAUGUGUGAAUACAUAAACAAACAGAGUGUCACUAGUA